AUGCGACGAUGUUCUAAGCUGCAAAUCCUGCUUCUGCAACAUGCAUCUAUUGUCCUGCUACCACAGCCUGAAGGGAAAGCUUGUCCCACUGGCCAGCGUCCUGCAACAGUGGAUACUCUGCACUCCAAUGUACCAAUCGUAGUUCACACAUCCUUCGGAUAUAUUGUUGCUGGUCGCAGUAGCAGUGCAGCAAUUAACAAUAAAAAAGCUAACAAGAUUGAAGGCUGUCGCUACAACUCAACUAAUGGGUUCCUUGCCUACGCAUCGAGUCCAUGCAUGCCGCCCGUUUCAGAAGGUUGGUGUUGACUUCGCUGGGCCGGUCUCAGUAAAAAACAGUCGUAUUAGGAAACCAUUAAUAGGAAAAGGUUACAUUGUUUUAUUUGUAUGUUUUGUAACGAAAGCAAUUCAUCUAGAGCUCGCUUCCGAUCUAACAACUGAUACAUUCCUUGCUUGUUUCAAGCGCUUUAUCGCGAGACGAAACCUGCCCAGUGAUGUACACUGCGAUAAUGGGUCUACCUUUAAGGGGGCAAGGAACCAAUUGGAUGAAUUGUACCGAUUGCAAAAUUCUCAGAGUCAUCAAUAUCAAGUGCAAUCUUUCGCAUCGGCGCGAGGUAUUAAUUUUCACUUUAUACCAAGUUACAGCCCAAUAUUUGGAGGACUUUGGGAAAGUGGUGUUAAAAGUACCAAACACCAUCUUAAGCGAAUAGUCGGUAAGGCAUUACUAAUCUACGAACAGCUAAAUACUGUUUUAACCGAAAUAGAAGGCAUCCUCAAUUCAAGGCCACUGACUGCCGUUUCUGCGGAUCCUAAUGAUUUUUCGUAUCUUUCCCCAGGACAUUUUCUAACAGGUGCUCCUCUUAAUACAUACCCAGAACAUGACUUCAAAGAUAGACCAAUAAACUUGUUAAAAUUCUGGUCAUUAACCGUUCAAAUGAAGCAAAACUUUUGGAGGUACUGGAGUAAGCACUAUCUGUCUCUGUUGCAAAGCAGGCCAAAAUGGCGCGA